AUGGCACAGUUCGCACAGCAACGAAUGGUGUGUGAUUUCUUUGUGACUGUGAUCGAGGGUUUCUUCAACGACGAUUACGACCGCGACGGCAUAUCGCGGCACACACGAGUGGAUGAAGAGGCAAAUGAAAAAGUGAGUCACAAGAUGUCAACUAAGAUUGAUGGGUGGUUUACCGAGGGGAUACGAGGACAGGUCUUUGAUGAAAUUCCUGACCCAGAUGUUGUUUCUUGGAGCUCUACGGGGCUGACAAAAAUAGUAAGUAACUGUCCAUCUAAUGCUUUGAUAGCCUUUCAACAAAUGCAGACAGUAAAUGAACGUCCAAAUUCUAUAACUCUAGUCAGCUUACUUUCCGCUUGUACUCAUCUACACGAUGAAGAAACAGGAAAAUCAAUCCAUUCUUACAUAAUCGUCAAUGAUAUCAAGAUAGACGUUUCCCUUGGUACUGUACUUUUCGAGAUGUAUGCCAAGAGUGGAAACAUUAAGAAUGCUCUGAAAGUUUUCGAUCAUAUGUCUGAGAAGAAUUUGCAAUCGUGGACAAUCAUGAUAUCUUGCCUAGCCAACCAUGGCUGUGGGGAACUUUCUAUUUCUCUGUUUAACCGAAUGGAGGAAAAUGGAGUUCAGCCAGAUAGACUGUCAUUUGCGGUUGUUCUGAGUGCUUGUAGCCAUUUGGGACUUGUUUAUGAGUGA